AGCGGCGCACCGUCGACCGAUCCGUUGCCACGCCGUGGCGGGAUUCGAGUGAGAGCGUUGCUGUUGCGACCCGAAAGAUGGUGAACUAUGCCUGAGUAGGGCUAGGGCUAUGCAAAUGGUGGUUGCGCUUAACAAGAUUGAGCCAUGCACCUGGAGAGAUCUCUAUGAUGCAUUAAAUCACCCUACUGUUGCCAUGUCUGAUGUGGCAAAUAAGCUUUCAGCAAAACUAACUGGUAGGUUUAGUAUGUACCUACAGUCAGUAUCCUGAUGCAAUAAUUAUUCUACUACGUAUCAACAGUUGAAGUACCCAAUACAAGGGCUGGAGAUGCAGCAUUAGGCCACUCCAAGUUGUAUACCGGUUUCUGAUCCGCCGCCCGCACCCAUUUCAAGAGAACGCAGUUUUGAACUGUGCAUGCUGUGCUGUGUGUACUGCACUUGUCUCGUUUUGACUGUCUUCCCACUAUGAAUUUUUGUGGUCAUAUUAUUACUAAUGAGUAAACCCACCAGCCCGCAUCUUGACUUGAAAAGGCCCUUACCAGAAACCGGAAUGCAACUUGGAGUGGUAUCCAUGAGCAGUACAUCACUGACUUUGGCAAAUACCUCAUUUGACAGUGGAGACACCAAAGCCUACACAGCCAGUGAGGCAGAGGACCAGGGGAGGAGACUGGAGCAGCAGCUACGACUGAAGGAGGAGGAGAAGGAGGCUGAGAUUGCUCGUCUCCAGGAGCAGAUGAGGCCGUUUGCCACUGAGAAGGAUCGUCUGGCAUCACAACAACAGAGGGAGAUAGCAGAGUUGAGAAGUCAACUGCAGACGUCACAGAAACCACCAGUUCAGCGAGGGAGGGAAGAAAUGACUGUCUCUAGGCCCAAGGAUGAGAAAGCUCUGUAUGAUGCUGCUCGUGGUGGAGAUGUGUCUGCAGUGAGAAGACUUCUGGCCUCUAAUGUCAACAUCAACUGUACACCAUAUCCUGAUGGCUGGACUCCACUGAUGGCAGCAUCAUUUGAUGGACAUGUUGAAAUUGUGAGACUACUGAUUGAGGCUAAGGCUCAGCUCAACAUACAGGAAAAGGAGAGUGGGAUGACUCCUCUUUUCAUGGCCUGUCAGAAUGGACACAGUGAUGUAGUGGAGAUCCUGAUAAGAAGUCGAGCUAAUAUCAACCUGCCUCGUGAUACUGGGGCGACUCCUCUCUACAUUGCCAGUGGAAAAGGACACAGUGAAGUGGUGGAUAUCCUACUGAGGAAUGGAGCUGGUGUGGAUAGAGCUUUGAACGAUGGGACGACUCCUCUCUACAUAGCCAGUCAAAAUGGACACAGUGAAGUGGUGGAUAUCCUACUGAGGAAUGGAGCUGGUGUGGAUAGAGCU